GUUGGAAAUGGAACGAGAAUGCUUUGGUGUCGUUACUUUGCAGUAAGAGCAGGCGGUGUUGGAGGCGUUUGGAAAGUUUCUAAUGCAGUGAAUCCUUCUCGACUGGAACGCUUAGAAAAGAAUGAAAGAAUGAGGAGGGCAGGCUGGGAACUUUAUGACUCCAAAUUGCCCAAGGAACUUCGUGCACAAUUAUUACCAAACUCUGACAAGGAAGUACGAAGCUUUGUGGAAAUGCGGAUACGAGAAAUGAUUUUGAAUGGAGACUUUGAAAAUCUAAAAGGAAAAGGGAAACCGUUUAACUAUUCUGAUUCCGCAGUGCGGGAUGGUACCUUUGAUCUUGCCAUGAAGAUGCUAAAGAAUAACGAUCUAAAACCUCCUUGGAUUGAGUUGAUGCAAGAAAUAGACAAAGAAAAGAAAGCUAUUCGACAGUUUCUUAGGCUUCAGUGGCUAAACUAUUUGGUUGUUUCGGGAAAUUGUCUUGACCAAGAUGUAUCUCCUAUUGAUGCUGGAAUAUGGUGCAAGCAAGAAGAAGAGUAUUUGAAGCAGCAAAUUGCGCAAUUGAAUCGCAAAAUAGAUGACUUCAACUUGCAAAAACCGGAGAGGAUGGACUUUAUAUUUAGGCUUCGUCUUCGUUGGAUAGAAGAAGUGAAACGAGCUCAACAGCCUUUGAGUCAACAAGAAAGUGAAUGGGUCAAGUCAAAGCAAAUGGAGAAUUUAGCUAAGCGUUCUUUCAAUGAAAAGCCAAAGGAAGUCUUUCAAGUUUCAAGUGGCAACGAAAGACGUGCAUCUCUAUCUCAGUUUCGUCGUCUAGUUGCUUUAUUUUGGUGAAUGGUUUUCAUCGUUACAUGGAAGCAAAUACUCAAGGCAUUCUUGAUAAACAGUGAAUAAGGGUAUUCAUUAAACUGUGAUAUGACUUUAAUGAAAGUUUUCUUGUUUGUUUAGAAUAUGUAAUUUGGAAAUUGUGCACAUCAUGGCACGUAUCUUCUGUAUAUCUCAUUGUGUUGGAUAAAAAUAUUUAGUAUUCU